AUGUCCACGGAGAUUAUAACCACGCUCACCCCUUCCAACACCUCCAUCUCCGAACCCGCCUCCCCAUCUCCAUCCCCAUUCCCAAACACCACCUUAACCGCCAAUCCCACUCCCAACCCAUCCCCAGCAAAAGCCCUCCACCGUAUCACCCUCCACCCAACCUUAACCCCCUACCGCCGCCGCCUCUACCGCACCCUCCUCUCCAUCCCACCCGGCCGCUGGACAACGUACUCCGCCUUGUCAAGUUAUCUAGGCUCGUCCCCGCGCGCUGUCGGGAACGCGCUGCGGACGAAUCCGUUUGCACCGGGCGUGCCGUGUCAUCGCGUGCUUGGUACCGGGGGUGUGCUGGGUGGGUAUAAGGGGUUCUGGGCUGGGCGUCCUGGUGCAAAUGGGAAGGGGGGAAAGGGGGGAGGGAAAGGGAAAGGGGAGGAGAAAAGGAGUUUACUGGAGGAGGAGGGAGUUGUUUUUGAUGGGGAGGGGAGGGCGAGAGGGGUUUGUUUUGGGGGAUUUGUGGAUGCUGGGGGGAAGGGUAAAUAA